AUGCUUGAUGGGUCAAGCCCCCAGGCUGGCAAGAUUUGGAAAAAGGCAUUACUAACCUUCACCUACAAUGGCAAAAAGAUGAUGGAGACAUUCCUCAUCUGUAACACUGGCAGUCAUGUGGCCAUCUUAGGUUUGAAAUGGUUGGAUGCCCAUAACCCAGAAAUUGAUUGGAAUCAAUGCACUGUCACCUUCCCUCAUAUGCCCCCAGAACAUGUGGCUAUUGCCAAAGAGGAGGGAGCAGACCCCAACCCACUUGAAGGAGUACCCUCCAAAUACCACCAAUAUGCAAAGGUGUUUGGAGAAGAAGAAUUCAACAAGCUUCCCCCACAUAGGCACUACAAUAUUGGGAAUGAACUGACCAAAGAAGGGCCCCUGAACUUGCCCCUAUACAGUAUGACCAAUGCCAAGUCUGCUACACUCAAGGAUUGGCUCAGGGAUGAACUGAAGGCUGGAAAGAUCCAACCCAGCAAAUCCUCCAUCAGUUCCCCUGUCAUGUUUGUCCCCAAGAAGGAUGGUUCCUGCCAACUGGUUGUUGACUACCAUUGUCUGAAUAACUGGACAAAAAAGAAUGUCUACCCAUUACCCCAACCAGAUGACCUCAUGGCCCAGCUCUGUGGUGCCAAGAUCUUUACCAAACUAGAUUUACAUUGGGGUUACAAUGUUGUACACCACUGUAAGGCCCCUAGUUGGCCAUUGUUGUAG